UCAUCACCAAGCAUACUUGCGAAACUUCCCAAAAAAAAGUUGCAAAUCUUCUCUGUACUGGUAUCAUAUACAUGUUCCGCAUGAACAAAUGAUCAUAAGCACUAUAUAUGGCUCUGAGAAACUGAUGUCUGUCUAACUCUUGCUGUUCAUCAUCUACAGAGGGAGAUAAGUCUCCCUUUCCCAUUUCUGCCAUGGUGCAGACUAUUUUCUAAUUUUGUUGUUUGAUAAACAAAUAGCAAAAGAUUGUUCUCAAGCUUCUGGCCAUGAAUGAUGAGAAGACAAAGCAGAAAGCCAUAGAGGCUGUGGCUGAUAUCUUUGGGAUUGACUCCAUAGCUGCUGAUCUUAAAGAGCAGAAACUGACAGUCGUAGGUGAAAUGGACACAAUAGCAAUCGCAAAGAAGCUGAGGAAAAUAGGGAAGAUUGACAUCAUAUCAGUUGGACCAGCUAAAGAGGAGAAGAAAGAAGAAAAGAAAGAGGAGAAAAAGGAAGAGAAGAAGGAAGAAAAGAAAGAAGAGAAGAAAGAAAACAAAGAAGAGAAGAAAUAAUUUCCAUCGGUAUAUAAAAGCCAAAUAGUAAAUGCUCGCCACGAGUGGGAAGAAGAAUCUUAUAAAACCUUGAUGACUUCGUGUAUGUAUUCAAAAUCAUUAAGGAAUUUGAUCAAAUAUCUUGCAAGUCCUCAUUUCCUUGUGGAACUAUAAUAGACAAAUCUAAUUGUGUUAAGGAUCAAAAGAAAUAAAGCGAUAAAUUAGUAAA